AUGAAAAAGUAUGCUUUUACAUUACAGGUGUUCAGAUAUUCAAAUGAUGUUGAAAAAGAAGGGAGAACAACAACUACAACACCCAUGAAAUAUUUAAUAGUUUUAUUACUAUUAAUAACUUUAAAAGGUAUAAGAUCAUGGAAUAUAUGUGAUCGAAUGGUUUGCCUUGGCGGUAUGCAAUGUGUAGAAGAAAAUGGUAUGGGAGUUUGUGUUAGAACAUCAUCAUCUGGAUCAACGAUUUCAUCAUCAUCAUCAUCAUCCUCAUCAUCAGGAUCAGAUUUAGUAUGUGCCAACUUUAGAUGCUUUGGAGGUUUGGUUUGUGUAAAUCAAAAUGGUGUUGCCACAUGUGUAAAACCAGGAACCUCCACAUCAGGUGUAUCCUCCUCCUCUGGUUCCUCAGGCACUUCAAGUACUUCUGGUCCAUUAGUAUGUAAGGAUGUUAAAUGCCUGAAUGGUCUAAUUUGUGUCCAAAUAAAUGGAUUGGCAACUUGUAUCAGACCAAAUCCAACGUCAGGUACGAUUUCUACUGGAACAACAACUGGUGGAAACGUAUGUAAUGGAGUGGUGUGCUAUGGAGGAUUGCAAUGUGUAAACCAAAAUGGUAUUCCUACAUGUAUGAACACUUCAUCGUCGACCACAGGCACAUGGACAAGCUCUGGUUGGUAUGGAGUUUGCUCGAAUUUCUAUUGUCCACACAAUUACAUUUGUGCAUCGGUACAUGGAAAACCUCUUUGUUUGCUUGGAAGUUGUCCAGAUUAUAUUCCACCAAGAGAUAAAUGUGAUGGUGUGAGAUGUAAGAAAGGAUACAAGUGUGCGGUAAUCUCUGGUACUGCCGCAUGUAUUCCUAUUUCCACACAACCGCCAGGAAUAGAUGAAUGUACCUUUAAGAAAUGUGGACCAGAUGAAGUUUGUUGCCAUGGAGGUGACAAUAAAAAACUUAAGCCAACAUGUAUCAAUCUAUGUACAUUCGUUGACUGCAAUAUCAAUACUAAGUGUUUUGUUAUCAAUCGUCAUCCAGUUUGCUUACCACCCAACAUUUUCACAACGGGAACAUCAACAAUUUCUACAUCCACUACAUCCACUACAUCAAUAUCUUUCACAACCAGAUCUGCUACAACCAGAACAGGAGAACUGACUACCACAACAGGAAUCAUUCCACUUACAGCUGAAAUUACAGUCUUACCUACCACGGGAAUGACCUCUGGUACCGGCUUACCUCUUACAGAUACAACAACUGGACCCUUCCUUGGAGGACCAGAUGAAAUUGGUUUCUUAGUUGGUGGAUAUGUCUGGGUGGAUUCCAACAGAAACGGUGUUCGUGAUGAGGGUGAACCAUAUGUUGAUGGUUUCAACGUCACUGUAUUCCAAGGAAAUCAGUUCAUGAGUGAAUUUGCAAUCAAAGAUGAGUAUAGUGGAUGGAAAUUAUUCUUGCUACCAGGAGAAGUGUGUUGCAGAAUACAAAUCAACGGAAACUAUAUGAUUGCGCCAGAAUCACCAUUCAACAAGUUCGCCCAGGAUGGAAGACAAUGUAUUCAGUUGAACGAUCUAAACUUAAAUAAUUUUGUGGUCAAUGGAGAAGGUGAAGUUAGAUUGAAUCUCGCUGUCUAUGAGAGACAGUCGUAUUCAAUUGGUGGAUUCGCUUGGAAUGAUUCUGGUGACAACAACGGAUUCCAUGAGACUGACGAGGAAUACUUGGCCGGUGUGGAGGUCAGUCUCUAUGAUGCAGACUCUGAUCAAAUAAUCAUGAGUCAGAUUACAAAAUCUGACUAUGACGGAUAUACCUUUGACAACGUUCCAUCCGGUAACUAUUGUAUAUUUGUUGAAACUUUACCAGGUUAUGAAAUCGGUAAAUACAGUGAUUACAACCGUUUACCAAAACAAAGUUGCUUUAGCUUGAACAAACAGACUGUAGAUGAUGGUGAGUUUGCAAACAACUCAGAAGGACAAAUAAGAUUUAAUAUUGCUUUAUCAAAUGAUUUAUCAGCAGGAAUAAAUUAA